UCCUUUUCUACUUGAACCAUUUUCAAAUCCCCUGGCAGACUGAAUCGGUGUUGGGGUGAUUUCGAAUUGCUGGUGGUACCUGGGAAUCAUGAGUACAUCAUGUUCAGCAUUUACUUUGUACACAGUCAAACUGUUCCUAUUUUAUGCUGUCCUGAGCUUCCUAAAUGUUCAUUGCUUUAGUGGUGAAAAGGAGUCCCUUAAAUUCAGUGGCACCAACGCGAGUCUGGCCAAAGGCAGGUGGGCCCGAUCCGUGAGCAGUCUGCCGCAGCCCGUCGACUGUGUGCUCUCCAGCUGGUCCUCAUGGAGCCAGUGCGAUCCCUGUCAAAAGAAAAGGUACAGGUUUGCCCGCCUGGAACAACCUUCUCAGUUCAAUGGAGAUCCGUGUGAUCAUUCUGAUAAAGAAACUGAAGACUGUGUUACAAAUAGUCCUUGCAGAAAUAAAGUUAGAUGUGAAGGUUUUGUAUGUGCAAUUACAGGAAGAUGCAUUACACGGAGGCUGCUUUGUAAUGGGGAUGAUGACUGUGGGGACCAGUCAGAUGAAAAAAACUGCAAAAAAGUAUUUAGAAAAUGUGACCAGAAGAUGGAGCAAUACUGGGGAAUAGAGAAUCUGGCAAAAGGGUUAAAUAUUUUCACAAACGACUUGGAAGGAUCAGUUCUUGAUCACAGGUACUACGCUGGGGGAUGUUCUCCCCAUUAUAUUGAGAACACAAGAUUUAGAAAGCCAUAUAACGUAGAAAGAUACACCCCAGAGACCAAAGGCAAAUAUGAAUUUACACUGACUGAAUAUGACUCCUACUCAAGUUAUGAAAGUAAUGUCCUGAAGGCAAAAGCUUCACAGUCUAGCUUCAGCUUUGGUAUAAAUCUACAUUUUUUUGAACUUGGUUACAGUUCUAACGACAGGAGGUUCAAGAAGUUCUUUCAAAGGAUGAAAAGAUUUUCUUCAACCUCCAGUAAAUUUAUUCAUGCCCGCUCUGAGCUGGAUGUUGCCAUCUAUAAGCUGAAGCCGCGGGCCCUGAUGCUGCAUUACGAAUUCAUGCAACGGCUCCAUCAACUGCCCUCAGAGUACAGCUAUGGCGAGUACAGGGAGCUCUACAGGGACUACGGGACCCAUUACAUCACUGAGGCUACUGUCGGUGGCAUCUACGAAUAUACCUUAGUUCUGAACAGUAACGAGCUCCAAAAGGCAGGUUAUUCUCUGAGCGAUGUCCAGAAAUGCGCACAGCAUGGCUUUAACAUUGGUGCAACUAUCAAAUUCAUCUCUGUGAGUUUGGGAGUUGCUGAUGGCACCUGUAAAUCCCUUUUAAAAGAAAUUGCAGACAGCACCUCCAAAAAACAGUAUGUGGAAGACUUCCUCGCCCUUGUCCGUGGAGGAGCAAGCGAACACAUUACCACAUUGGCUUUCAAAGACCUGCCGACUGCUGCGCUGAUGCAGGAGUGGGGAGAUGCUGUGCAAUACAACCCUGAAAUCAUAAAGCUGAAGGCACAGCCCCUGUAUCAGCUGGUGACUCCAACUGACUUUGCUAAUGCGAUGGCAAUAAAAGAAAACAUGCGACGUGCUCUGGAGGAGUUUGAGCUGGAGAGCAGUUCCUGUCGCUGUGCUCCGUGUCGCGGCAAUGGAGUUCCCAUUUUGAAAGGAACUGAGUGCGAGUGUUUAUGUCCCCUUGGCUAUAGUGGCACUGCCUGCGAGAUCACCAAGAGGGAAGAUGCUGCUGUUAAUGGGAACUGGGGCUGCUGGACUAGCUGGUCUGUGUGCUCAGGAGGGCAGCGAUCAAGAAGACGACAGUGCAACAACCCUGCACCGCAAAACGGUGGUUCAUCCUGCUCAGGGCCAGAUGUUGAGACAGUUACUUGCUAGAAGGAGUUAUGAAGAAUGUACACGAAAGAGAUGAACAGUUUACUAAUUGAGUGGGAAUGUGUUAACUGACUGGCUUACUAAGUUAGCUUAGCUCUGCUUGUGGGUCUCAUCCUAAGUGCAUUGAAGUCAGAAAAAAUUCAGAAGGAAUUGGGACCUGGGUGUCUGUUAUGGAUCCUGUCUGGUGGACAUAAUUUGCAGUUGUUCCAUGGGACUGAAUGUGCUUACCAUUCUUACUAUUUUGACUUUCUUGCAAUGGGUUAAUUGAGACAAGCUUCAUCUCCUGCAUUAUUUGGUAGCUGUAUGAUUAUAAGUUUUAAUCUUUUGUUCCUGAAGGUUCCUUGAGAUAAGAAAAGACUGUUUGAUCUCACAUGCGCCAGAAUGUGGGCUAAUACGCAGCUUCUGUGAAGACAGCUGUGUCAUGUGGAGCAAAAUACAGCAUAUUAAAGUCUAAAUCUCAAUGACAUUUAAAGCACCUGUACCUCACUAUCCCAGUUUCCUAUUUUUUUAUUUAAUGUAAAUUGCCUGUCAUACCAGAGAUUAUCUUGAAGGAGCGAAAACUGAAUUGUGAAGAAUAUUCUGGUGAAACCAAGGUAUUGUUGGCUAUAUAGGAGUUGUAUUCUUAGUGCAGAGAUGAACUUCCUCCUGUGGAUUUCUGAAGCAGAGCAAAUACAACCUGAUCCACUGAGAUACACUCAUGUGCUUGUUUCCUGGAAAGAGGAGGGGAGAGGGAUGCUACUGGGUGGGGAAUUGGAAAGCAGCUGCUGCUCCUUCUGCUGCUUGGGGAUAUCGAAGGGUAGGAGCGAUAGGAAAGUCUGUACCUCAUGGACCCUGAACAGCAGCUGUCUCCCCAGGAGUCCAGGACCCUCCACGGGUGCAGGAUGAGCAGCAAGCUUUUAUGUAACUCUUUGGCAUGAGCAGAAUACAUGGAACAUUUUGGAACAAAGAUAAUUAUGCACCCCUCAAGUCUUCUGCCCUUAGCAACUGCCUCUGCCAAAAGCUGGCUCAGGUUCAUCUGUUGAUUCCGUGAAAACCUGUAUUUCAGCAGAUGCAUUGCUAUUGUAGUCAGGUUAGGGCAUCUGAGACAGGAAGGCUUUGCUGUGAAACAAGGCACAGCCAAAGGAACGGCGUGCCCUUUGUCGCUGUCUCUGGGCUCUGAAGUCAUGCAUCAAAAUCCAUCUCGAACAAAAGAGAAGCUUGGAACACUGUGCACGACUUCAUGGCUAACCUGGGUGGCUUUCUUCCAGGGACUUCUCUCCCAGUGCUUUGUUGGUGGUUAAUUUUUUUUGCAAAGACAUUUGUUGAGGGCAUGCUGUAAAAUAACUAGUGAUAACUGCUCCAGGAAAAUGAAGCAACCAGUACAAAGGUUUUCAGUGAGAGUUGUAUGUCUUCUAGCAUUUCUGAGGUCAAGCAGUCUUCCAAGGGUUUUUAGCAAUGCUGUUGAUGAUGUGUUGGUAUCACCAGUUUCUCUUUGACUGACGUUGUUUUAAUGUAAUUCUUGCAAGAACAGCUCAGGCUCUCUGACAUUUGAACAAUGGAACAUGCAUUUAGUUUUCAUUCUCGUGACGCCUCUACACUUAUUGACAAGGUUUCUGUGACAGCUUUAAGAAAGGAAGAGCACAUUGCAUAUGUAAAAGAAGAGUGCUCUGUACUCAUAAUGGGCUACCUAAUUGAGCUGCCAACCCAAAACAUUUCUGUUAUGCGCUAUGUAACUAUUAUUACUUGUGUGAUGGAGGUUUGCCAACAGGUUCAUUCAGGGUCAUGUUCACAGAGGUCACUGCUUAUGCGAAAUAUAGUAUGCUUUAGUGGUUUUCAAAGGGGCACUGUGAAGGCUCUGUAACAGAGGACUCUGAUCACCUGUUUUGAACAGCUCAUAGGUGCCUGUGAAAACAUGUGCUGCGUUGCAGUUGCCUGCCCUUACUGAGAAGCAUCCAUGUGAUCUAAGACACUUUCUUCCGGUGAGCAAAGUCUCUUUUGUAAAUUCGAUCACCUCCGCUGAUCAUCAAGCUGUAGUAAGCAGUUCGAUGCAACCCCAUAGUGCGUCCAUCC